GAAAUGGCAUUGUCGAAAAACGGUUGUGUUUGUCUUUAUAACGACUGUUACAAAAAUAACAGUCUAAAAAAACCAUAGACAAAUUGUGUUUUGUAAUCAAUUUUAUGGUUUGAAAGUACCAAAAUUUUGUGGUGUGGUGUUUUUAACAAAGAUAUUUGAACAAAAAUAGUUCAAAGUGUAGUAAAAGAGGAUAAUUAUAAAAUUGAAAUGGACCCUUUCACUGAAAAUAUUUUGUCAAGGGCUAGAGAAAGACAAAGGAUGAUAGGGGAGGCCAAAAGCCACCCUUUGAGGGAAACAAAUAAAUCAGAACCAAACUUAACGAAGGUUACUGCCAUUCCCCCCAAAGAAAUUCACUCAGAAGGCAUGCUAAAUUCAACCUACACAACUAAAUUUCAUCGUCAAAACUCAGUAACUCGAAUUUCUUCUGAUGUUGAAGGUUCCCCAAACAAUAACAUGCUCACAAAGACACUGAACAUACAGAAGGAUGAUUUUAACAUGGAGAUUAAGGUCAAGAGUGCUGAGAAUGUGCGAGUCGAAGUGGAAAUAGAGGAGAGGGAAAACGAGGAAAAUAUAGAGAGGUUUUCGAAUCACAAUGAGGAAAAUGCUGGUCUUAGGGAAGAGUCUAGGAAUAGGCUGAAAAGAUUGGGGAAACUCUAUGCUGGUGGGGAAGAUGCAGAAAUAUCUUCUCCAAUACACAGAACGGAAGCCCAGUUCUAUAAAAACAUGGCUACUGAUGAGGAAGCAGAAAAACCGAAGAAAAUUGAUAAAAAAUCUCACAAAGGACUGAGCAAAUUAGCGGACUUGGCAGAGACAAUCAAUAGAUGGGAAGAUGACAUGAGCCAUCCAAUUAUUUCUCAAAGUACUACUACUACCACACCUAAAAAAACAUGGAAACCACCCGCACCACAGCCUCCUCUCACAAAUAAUCAAUCUUCCCCCCAGAAAUCGACUAAAAAACCGACAAAAUCUCGAGCACCAAGUCCACCAAGUAGUACAACAAACAGUCCUAAAAAAAGUUUAUUUAAACCCAAACCAUCUAAUGAUAAAGAUAGUAUUGAGGGAGAUUCUGAUAAUAAAAAAAUAGUCUCCAAAGAGAGUCCAAGGAUAGUACAUGGUAGUCCUAAAAAGACUGUUUUAAAUGUAGAAAAAGGGGCAGUACCCAAACAAAUAAACUGGGAUCCAAAAGUUUUGGAUACAUUGCAAUCACAAGGAUUCACACGCACGGCUUCGUCUUCACGUUUAGUUUACUCAUACAAUUCACAGGGUGGUCAAAAAACAGAGGAAUCCGCUAAAAGUACCGUAAAAAGCCUGCCAACGCUUCAAGAAAAUGACGUAAAAAAAUCUGAGAUUAGUGAAUUAAAAAAACCGGGUUCAGUGGCAAAUAAGGCCGCCAUAUUUGAGAGUAAGGUUCAUAAUAGUCCGGUAAAGCCUGAGAAAGAUCCUGCCUUGUUAAGUUUGGCAGAAAGGAAAGCUCUUUUUGAGAAAAAUAAGGGUAAUGCCUUGAUACCUAAAGCGCCUUUUGGACAGUCUGCUCCCGUCAAAGUUGACACCACAAUGAAGGCCUCGGAGAGCAAAUUUAUUGGAAUUACUGAAAAUAACGCAAAGAAUAAAGAAACCUUCAAAAACAAGGAAGAAGGACAGGGAAAAUUUAAGAAAAACAUUAUUAAAUUUGAAGAGAAUAAAAAAGUUGAGUCAAAUAAAAAAAUACCAACUGUUGCAGUGGUGCAUCAAGCUGGCGGUAUAGCCAAUACCAUGGCAACGCUGUUAGAGAACAAAUCCACGAUUUCCGAAGAACAAAUCUUCAACAAAAUGAAGGCGGAGAGACAGAAAGAAAUGGAUAUGUUACUGAACAGAUUUAACAAAAACAAACAGGUGGCAAAUAAUGAAGACAUAAUUGAAGAAGCGCCCAGCGAGUCCGAUUAUUCAGAUUGCGAAGAUGCCGAUGAGGAAACGGCCAUGUUGAAAUCUAAGCCAGUGACUGUUCAAGCGCCUCUCCCUCGCAGAUCGGCAGAAAAAAGGAAAAGCGGUGGGAAAAUUACAACUGACGCGGACAGUCCCAAAGUAGCGUUUACUUUAGAGGACGUGAAAAGAAUCAAGGUGUCGCCCCCUAAGGUAGGUAGGCUGUACCCGAAUCUAUCAGAUAUCGAGGCUACUACGACCGAUCCGGAUACAAGGACACCCACUCCGAACCAAACAGAGAACAGCUCGCGAGAUAACAGUUUUGAUUCUGCUGAUCCUAACACAAGUUUCGGAAGAGAUAUCCUAGAGGCAGUAUGUAAAAAUGUCACUCCUUCCAAGAAGGUAACAUAUGAAGAAUCCACUAGCAGCGAAAAUUCUAGUAUUAUGAACGAACUAGAUGAGAUUUUGGACGAAAUUGACGAUGAUGACAGCGGAACAGGACCGUCACCUCCGAAACAGGGUCGGCAUUACUCUCCAAAGCACGCAAGGGCACACCAGUCCAACUCGUUCCACUACAAAAAUUUCGCUUCUCCAAACGACAGUAAAAAGAAGGAGAAUAAUUUUCAGUCUCCGAAAAAAAUCGUCGCCGCGUCGCCCAGGCCAUCUACCGAACUUCCGGUCGUCGUGGACGGUGACGAGGUUUUACAGCUCACGCACACCGUCAGUUUCUACAGGAAGCAGCAAAAUGAGGUACACACCCCUUUGAGGCAGAUCUCGAGACAGCCUUUGAUUGAGGAAAGUUCCGAGGUAGAGACUGAUAGUACCGAGGACGAUGCAGUAACGGCGAAGAUUAAAGUAUUGGAGGAAGAAGUGAAUAUUCAACAGAAUAUCAUCGCCCAAACGAGUCAGGCUUUGAAUUUGUGCAGUAGUACUCCGGAAUUUUCCGGUUCUACCGAACAAGUCGAAGCCGAAAGAGUACUACUUGUUGCAAGUCACAGAAGACAAGCAGCGUUGCACGAACUUCAAAGGUUAAGAGUGGAAAGAACAUUAAGACCGAUAAGUAAAUUGUCACAGAGUGUGCCCCUGGAGAAAGGAACGCUAACUAUAUCGAAUAUAGUGUUGCCUAUGAAACAGAAAUACGUCACUGCCUUGGCUGCGACUGGAGGUAAAGGACAUCACGUGGUGUGCCUGAUUAAAUGCGGCGAACAAGUUGUACCAACAAAGCUAACGUCCACGGUUGCCAGUAAAAAAAAUCCCGAUACUGACUUGUAUAUUCCCGGAUCUGUGACUUUAAACAAUAUUUUCAGCGAUUUUACUGUGACUUUUGAGGUGUAUUGUCUACAAGCUCAGGAGGAAUUCCUUCCUCAUGAAGUUAAAUACCAUAUACACAAAAAGGCGUCUAAAGGUUUGACCACGCCAAAAAAGAACAAGCAAGAGUCCAGGUUUCAAAGGCCGCCAAAAGAGUCACCUGCCGGACCUCAGGUAGUACGGACUUCUUCGUUUGCGCUCAUGGGUUACGUGAUUUUCUCCGUUCAAAACCUUAACAAGAAAAUGUGGAGUUUGAACAAUACUCCCCCUAUGAGUCCCUUGGAGGGGGUCGUGGAAAUGAAGGUGAAUUGUGAACUGGCCGUCUCGGUGGAACACAGAGGAUUUUUGACCAUGUUCGAGGAUAUUUCUGGUUUCGGGGCGUGGCACAGGCGAUGGUGCUUGCUGAAAGGGCACAGUCUCAGCUACUGGAAGUACCCCGACGAUGAAAAAAAAGUCCCUCCAAUCGACACCAUCGACCUAAAGUCUGUAACGUCAGAAACCGUGGGACCAGUAAGCCGCGACAUCUGUGCGAGACUGCACACGUUCCUACUGGAACGCGAGAGGCCAGCAUGUCCGACAGAUUUGAACACAUUGGUGGUUAUAAAGAAAGGAGAUAAAACCAUCAUAAGGCAUUUAUUGUCAGCCGACACAAAAGAAGAAAGGAUACAGUGGUGCUCAAAACUAAAUGCGGCCCUCACUGCUAUAAGGAUGUGGGGGAAUCCCUAAAUACCUUUACCGUAUCAUCGAAUAAAAAACGGUUUCUAGUUGGCUAGGGGCGUUUUCCAUACAAUUUUAUACACAAAAAAUUCGAUCAGUUCUGUUCCCAGCCAUCUCUGACGCCGUUUUUUUCGAUGGUAUUGUAUUUAUUUUUUUAACUUUACGGACUGUAUGAACUAAAAAAAUCUAACCCAAAAAAAUACCUGCAUAUAUUUAAUAUAUAUUUUU